GUGUGUCAACACUUUCUGAAGAAUUUUCAGCACAGUUGUCCACCCUCUUCCUCUCGCAUUGGCUUUAUCUGGCCUACCUCAGUCAAUCUGAUGCUGUGUGUAAUUUGUGCACCACUGCAACAUAUUCACAAUUUGCACACAAGAAAAAGUUUUUAAAGGAGAGCUGGACAGAUUUUGUGCUGCUGCGAGUGUGCUUCUGUGUUUGGGUUUGUGUGAGGAAGCAGUGUGGUUGGAGUGUCGCUCUGAGGUGUCAGAGCUGAAACACUUCCUCGUCUCUACUCUCAUCACACCAACCUGCAGAGAAUAUCAACGGCUCACAGCCUCUGUAACAGCACACUGAUCUCACAUGUGACACACUGAGUGCACAUUGCCUGACCUGACUUGUCAGACUCUUUUCUCAGUUAAAUUAUUAGUGUGACGUGUGAGACGUUAAGAGGCAACUGAUAGAGCGUGAUAUCUGAUUACUUUGAUUUCAAGCGCAGAACUGGUCUUCCUCACUCCUGAGUGAUGCCUCGUUCUUUCUUGGUGAAGCGAGGAGGGUUGCACUACCUUCGGCCUGCAGAGAGAGACCCUGACCCUGGAUCAACCACGCUGUAUUCUCCUGCUGCCAAACACCCUGAUGGAGACGAGCACCUUCAGCCAUUCAAUCCCAAAUCUUACGUCUGUAGAUCUCCUGAGCCCUGCAGUCCUGUCAAUGAAAAUUCUUUAAGUCCCUUUGAAAAAGCCGGAUCUCCUACACCAGCACUCUGGUCCAGAACCCCUGUGAACUCAGAAUAUCCAGACAAACUGUCAGGGGGACUGGGAGACUUGACUCAGCACCCUCAGGUCCUCAGGGAGACCAAGAGCUCGAAGAUCAGCACUCUGAGGCAAGAGUGUCCAUUCUGUAGCAAAAUAUGUUCAUGUCUGUCCAGUUUAAAGACACACCUCAAGAGUCAUACAAGCAGGUCACCUCUGUCACCAGCACGCAUUAAGUCCAGCAGGACAGAUACUGAACGUACACCAUGCAGGGGCAAGGAGAGGACGUUUGGCUGUACCGUAUGCGGAAAAGUGUUCAAGCGCUCCUCCACCCUCUCCACUCAUCUGCUCAUACAUUCAGACACCCGACCGUAUCCCUGCCAGUACUGCGGCAAGAGGUUCCACCAGAAGUCUGACAUGAAGAAACACACCUUCAUACAUACUGGAGAGAAACCCCAUGUGUGUCAGAUAUGUGGGAAGGCAUUCAGCCAGAGCUCCAACCUCAUCACCCACAGCCGUAAACACAGGGACGACCGGCCCUACCGCUGCCCUCGCUGCCUCUACAGUUUCCAGCACAAAGUGGACCUACGGCAGCACCAGGAGCACCACUGCACCUACCGUUGACUUUCAAACAGUCCAGCCAACAUCUGCAGCCUUUUGUCAUAGGGAAUACUUUGAGGACAUACUAUAAAGCUACUGACUGUGUUGUCUUCAUGACCAAGU